AAUGUUUACUUUUUUUUUAGAUAAAAAACGAGGCUUUCCGAAAAUGUCAAUACUGGGAAUUCCUAGUUUCGUUUUAACAUAUAAAUUUCAAAACUAGGAGUAUUGUAAUGCUUAUGGAAGUUUAGUUACCAAACAUACGCCAAACGACAUAUUCCAGAACAACUCAAAGAUGUACGGUAUCCACGUGACUCGGUUGCCUAGCAACGUCACUGAUAAACAUCUAAAGGUUUACUUCAGUAACCCUAGAAACGGCGGAGGUCAUGUCGAGAAAAUGUUCUUCCCACUUCCGCACAAUUCGGCUGUUGUUUUCUUUGAGGACUCGAAGGUUGUCGAUGGUCUAAUAAAGGAACGUCACCAGAUCAUGAACACAAAUAUAGAUGUGUGUCCUCUACCCAAACAGGUGUUCCGUCACGUCACAGCGGAAGUUGAAGGGAACGUGUCCACAUUCUUGAGUCUGACUCCCCAACUCGUGGACGAGCUGCAGUUUAUCGGUGACGUCAAAGUCGACUUCCAGUACGACAAGCAGACGUACGUCCUAGACGGCUCGUGGUAUCAGAUCGAAUGGGCACUGCAAUAUCUCGACACCAUGCUGGACGUCUUCGGAUUUGAGGCCGAUGACGGGAAGCUCUCAAGGGGGAGUGCAACUUCCGGUAAUCGCCAGAUGGCUUCGGGAGCCGCACGCAACAGCCAGGCGCCACCACCGGCGACGGAAGUGACGUUUUUCGAAUCUGCGACGUCUAGACACACGGAGAUCAAACAACCAAACAUUCCAUCCAUCAAUCCUCCAGAGAACACUGGUCAAUAUGGACGUAUGCAAGAGGGCAUGUCUUCGAUAAAAAGCAAUAAAAAUAAAAACAAAAACGUCAUGCCGCGGUCCAUGGGUACGCCUGCUGGAGGGAAUCAGCAGUUUGAUAACACUUUAAGGCGCAAUACAGAACAGGUGGAACGCAAACCGACCGUCGCAACUUCCGCCAAAAAAAAUAAUCUUAACGUCGACGACCCAAGCGGCGAAGAGACGCCAUUUAUUGCUGAUAUGGGGGCAUAUGGUGGCGCUGGGGGAAUAAAUACCUAUGAUUAUCGUGGGUUCGAUUCCGAUAGCGACAAUGAUGACCUGACCGCUGGGUUUGACCGCAAUGUAAGGUUUGCUGCGGGGACAAACUUCGUGGAGGGGAGCGGAAGACCCCGACCCCAAAGGAAAGCUCCCCCUAUGCCUGAAAUGACGCGAGGACUCGAUGUCGCCCAAGCAAACUUCGGGGACGAGCAAGUCGCAUUGGAUUUCUCGUUCGACAUGCCAGGACGGAUCAAGGUACGCGUCGCCAUGGACGAUAUCACGCGCCAAACGACAGACGCCCUCGUGAAUCCCACGAACGCGACCAUGAGCAGCCAGUCGGGAGUGUCGCGUGCGAUUGUGGGGGCAGCCGGAUACGAUCUUAAGCACGAAUGUCGCAAGUACGCGGAGGAGAAUGGCGACCUGAACGUGGCGGAUGUUAUGCACACGACCGCCGGAGGUGCGUUGAACCAGAAGGUUGGUUUCGUGAUGCACACUCUCGGUCCAACUUGGCGGGAAUCGAAUGGCGAGUCGUGUGCUCACAUGCUGGUGUGCACGUAUCUAAACUGUCUCCUGUACGCAGACCGGAAACUCUGGCUUCAGUCUCUCUCACUUCCGCUUAUCAGUGCCGGUCCAUUCGGAUUCCCUCUGGACGUCUGCAUCUCAGCGUUCUUCGACGCUCUGUUGUUGUUUUCCGCCUCCGCGGACGACAGUCUAAAGCUGACGUUCAUAAAUGUCGUCUGCUUCGACGAAGACUCAGCCAUGGCGGCCAUCAUGAUUGUCCGCUCGCUGCUCGAUUGUGAGGCUACCCAGUCUUCUAGUGCCGCUCUGGACAGAUACAUGACCAGAAAAACGAACUUCAACUUCAAAGCGGAACUUUUCACGGACAUAAGCGUCACAGGUGUGAAAGAAGAUGCAGGUGCUACUAAAGAAGUGAAUACUAAAGUUCCAGAAGGUGCAGACGUCCAAAAGAAGAAAGAAAAACAGGAGGAAGAAGAUGACCAUAAAGACGCCGAUGAUAAUGAUAAUGAUGACGAUGAUGACGAAGAGACUGAGGAUGAAGAUAAUGAUGAAAAAGGCAAAGGUGCUAGUGAUGAAGAAGAUGAUGUUAAUGUUCAUGAGUUUGAAGAGAUUGCAAAAGGCAAAGAAAAUACCAAAUCAGCUCGAUAUAAUGAAGAAACUGAGGACGUUGUUGAAGAAAAGCCUAAACACGCCAAAGAUAGCAGCGAAGACGAAGAUGAUAGCGACGAGCAUGAUGAUGAUGUUAACGAACCUGUAAAAGAGAAAGAAUGGGAAGAGUUCACACCUGAAGAAAAUGACAUAAAAAGAGGUACAAAGAAACCGAAGGCAGAAAACGUUGAUGAGGAAAGGUAUGAGUCAACACAUGAGCCAGAUGAUAUCAGAAAGGACGAAAAUGUCUCAGAUGAAGAGGACGAUAUAUGUCCGUCUGAUGAAGACACGCCUGAUAAUGAUAAACGCGAAAAACUUGUUGGUGACGUAACUGUUGGAGAGGAAACAGACUCUAGAAUCACUGAGGGUGGAAACAGUGGUGGUGCUGGAGCGUCUUCAAUGGAGUCAGGUAGAGAUGAAGAUGUGGACGAUGGUGACGAUGAAGAUGGAGGGGACACAGAGAAGGGUGCUAAACGCCCACUUACCACAAUGGACGCACAGGAGAGUUUUGUACAUGUCAGCAUGGAACACAAGAACACUGUCUCUAUGGCAAGGCCGUCUGGAGGGGGAAAACUUGAAACCAAUGAAACGGACAUCUAAUUGAGAGACCUUGGGCAUUUUAAAAUAAUGAACAAGUCAAAAAACGUUCGGCUAAUAUCAAACAUUUAUGAGCAUCACGGUUAUGGCGAAUAAUUUUGGGUUUUCAAAGGAAGACAACUCUGUUAUGAUAAUGUUUAUGUUUAUCUUACCUUUUACGGCAUUGUCCGUGGGGAUUUAUUAUAUUGUUGUGUUUAAGAUUUCACUUUGUUAUUUUCACAUACAGGUUGUGUUGUUGAAUGAGUACACUUCGUGGUUUCAAUGUCGCUUUUACUGUUUGUUUGUUUUUCAAUCAUUUUAAUAGAUGUAUUUGUGCCAAAGACAAAUCUUCAAUAGCGUGUUAAAGAAUAAAAAAACAACACCGGCUAAUCUACUAAAGGACUUCACCCAUAUAUAUGCUGAAUAUGUGAUUUUGGUUAAAAGCGUUUAUGUAGUUAAAGUGCAUAUUGGUUGUACAUUCACCAUAUAUCUGUUAGUCUAAAUAAAAAAUUGAAUGAAUAA